UCAACAAUCGCGUUUCGUGCCUGGGUGAACUACGUAUUAUAAAAUUGAGAUAAGUAUAACAUACUGGUACACCAUCAAGAUUAGUUUACUGGCAAAAACUUAUUUAAUUUGCUACUGCGGUUUGAAAGAGUAAAAAAAAAUCAGAAAUCCUUAUCGGUUUGCAUGAUACAGUUCCAUUGACGGCGGCGGGCUUAUCGACAAAGAGAAUACGAAAUAUUUUGUGUCAUAUCAAAGUGGAAUGUCAAAGUGUAACAUGACAUAAAUGGACCUAAAAUAGAACAUUUAACAUCUACAUCAACCCCUAACGCCUAACGAACUCUCAUGUCAUAUUGGAAAGGUUGGUUCGACUGAUAGCACGCUUGUUGGCUUCGCUGGAGGAAUUUUUUUUUAAAUUUCAUAUGAGUGAUAUACUGCACUAGUGGUUUGUUAAAUUUAAUUUUUAGUUGACACACAAUAUACAAUAACAAUAAGUGAUACAGUAAGUGAACUUUAAUAGACAAAUUAAGAAGUUCAAGUGCUUCGUGAGAAAUAUGAACAAAUUGUAUGGAAGCAACAACUUUAUUCCUUGAAAAUAUCGAUUUCCCCAAAACGAAAAUUUUAUAUUGUUAUACAUAUAUUUACGUAUUCCUACCUGUGUCUGUGUAUACUACCUAUUAACCGAGUUAUGGUGUGUAAUAUAAUUUCAGCAUUUUAAUUUACAAACGUUUUUUUUAUCCUACAUAACUUUACUUGAUGAACCACAGAUAAUUUUAAAGUUAUUUAAACACAUAAUCAACAACUGGUAUAAUUUUUUGCUCCGUGAAUAUGAAAAUGCUGCAAUUUAUAUUUGCCAUGUAUCUAAUACCCGUGAACGAAUAACAGUUUGAAGUCCUUAAUGCAAAUAAUAAAUUUUAUGUUCGAAUUCAUUUCCCAAAUCAAGUGAAAAUUUUCGGUAUUAACAAACGGGUCUAAAAAUAAUUCCUCCAUUCGAUUCCAUAUGAAGCAUCAACCAAUCCAUCUUAGAACAACUUUAGUUAAGAGUUUAUUCAGUCUUUGAUACACAAGUGGGAUCUAAAUUGUUGAUAUGAUUUCAAAUAUGAAAAGGGGUAGUCUGUUGUUCGAGGGAUGUGUUUUGUACGUUGUAGCUCUAUUAGUUGGAGUUACGGGAAUCUAUGCCCAAAAUUCACCUCAGCAACAGGUUUGUCCAGAACAAAGUGAUAUUUCACCUUGUAUUUGUACCGUGAAGAAAAAUGGCCUAGACAUUUUGUGUGAAACAACGGAUCUGCAGCAUAUAAACGUGGCAAUGGGCGUGCUAAAGGGGAAGAGCCCAAUUAUUUUUUAUCUUAAACUCCGUCACAACAAUUUGCCUAAGUUGCAGGGAUUCGUUUUUCUAGCUUUGGACAUUCGCCACCUUACCAUACAUAACAGCAGUUUAGCAGCAAUUGAGGAAAAUGCCCUGAGUUCAUUAGGAAAAGGUCUUACUCAAUUGGAUGUUUCAUUGAACCAACUUCGAAAUGUCCCUUCGCAAGCAUUGAAGAAUCUACAUCACUUAUUGAUUCUUAACGUCAACCAUAAUAAAAUAACAAAUAUCCACGACAAGGCAUUCGAAGGACUCGAUACAUUGGAAAUUCUAACGUUGUAUGAAAAUCAAAUUAGUUCGAUUGAACCAGAGGCUUUUCGUGGAUUGGAAAAAAAACUUAAGCGGUUGAAUUUAGGCGGAAACGAUUUGACAUUAGUGCCACAGAAAGCACUUUCGAUCCUUGACACAUUGAAGAAAUUGGAAAUUCAGGAGAACAAAAUAAAAACUAUCCGCGAAGGCGAUUUUGAAGGCAUGGAGAACUUGGAUUCAUUAAUUUUGGCACAUAACAUGAUAUAUACUGUUCCUGCUAAUGUCUUCUCUCAUUUGACUCUUUUGAAUUCGCUUGAAUUGGAGGGUAAUAAAAUAUCUGUCAUAGAUAAAGAUGCUUUCCGAGGAUUAGAAGAAAACCUUCAAUAUUUACGAUUGGGCGAUAACAACAUUCAUACUAUUCCAAGUGAGGCAUUGCGUCCCCUCCACCGUCUUCGUCAUCUAGACUUAAGAAACAAUAAUAUAAGUUUUGUAAAUGAAGACUCUUUUACCGGAUAUGGAGAUUCUUUAACAUUUUUGAACCUCCAGAAAAAUGACAUAAAAGUAUUACCAGCGAUGAUCUUUGAGAACUUAAAUUCAUUGGAAACUCUGAACAUACAAAACAAUAAAUUACCGCGCAUUCCAGAGGAUAUUAUGGAACCAAUAAUGGAUACUUUACGUGUUAUUGAUAUAACAGAUAAUCCACUUAUGUGUUCCUGUGAUUUGAUUUGGUUUCCAAAUCUCUUGCAAGAUCUUAAAAGUCGCGAUGAUGAAAUGGCCCAAAAGAAGAAACCAUUAUGUCACAUGCCAAUAGAGAACCGCGAGUAUUAUGUUCAAGCUAUGCCUUUGGAAAAAAUGCACUGUGCUGGGCAAAAGGUCAGUUCAUCUACAUCAAUGGGUAUAAGCAAUGUUUUGAACACCAAAAUCAUUGCUCAUUUAUGUCUUUUCAAACUUUGGCCUUUUAGAUUCGUCUAAAGAAUCAGCUACUGCUUUAAGUAAACAAAUUUGAACAAAACUACAAAAAUGUUGAUGAUUUUUUGAAAAAUACACUUGCGUAUGCCCUGCGGAAAUAUUAUUGCAAUCAAGUUUUUUUGGGAAAACAAAAUUAACAUUACUGUAAUGCAUACAAAAAAAAACACAAAUUAAUGUAUUUCUUUUCUAAUCACUAACUAUAUUUUAUUCAAAACAAGAUAGUACCUAACAUAAAAAUUCGUUACUAAAAUGACGUAAAACUGAAGCGUUUUUAAAAACUAUUAUUAUCUAUGUAUAUUUUUUAAAUCAUGCAAAGCCUAUUAAUUACAUUUUUGAUAUUUUGCUUUUUGAUAAAAAAAAAAACCAAAAAUAUUUUGUAUUCUUACUUAAAUUUUAGAAUGUUUUAAAUUAAAAACUUUUACCUACAGUGUUUUUUACUCGUAUUGGUGUGAAAUACAAUCAUUACUUUAUCGAAUGUAAAAGUCGUGGUGUGAAAUUUUUUUAAAAAUAUUGUCAUUUGCUAUACAACAAGAUACAUAUCAAUCAACUCAACUAAAACGGGAAAUGUACAUAAAUUGCAAGAACUGACUAUACAAUAAGUAGUUUGCCCUAAAUAUAACUAAAAAAAAAAAUAAAAAGAUAUUAAUAGAAAAAAUAAGACAUUGUUUAUCGAAAACAUAUCACUUUGAAAACAUAAUCUAGGACAAGCUGUGUUCUUAAAAAUAAAUUUUUUUAUUAAACUAAAUUCAAUAAGAAACAUUAAGCAAAUAUUCAUACAUAUCAAUUUCAUCGUAUAUCAAUGAUGAAUUUUUUGUUAAUUUUUAUUAAAAAAAAAAAAAACGUUUUAUAUAUACAUACAUACAUAUAUUUACAUAUUUGAUCGUUUUGAUGCUAGAAUUAAUAUAAAACUAUAUUUCAUGUAAGAAAAUAGAACUUGCUAGCAUUUGGAAACAAAUAUUAAGGGUCAGAGUCCAAAUGCAGUGACUUUUAUUU